AUGACAACCAUCCCCAACAUCUCUGUUGAUUGUCACAGACCAGCUGUAAACUUUACAGUUCACAAGAAUGCUGCACCUGUCACGCUGCUGUUUUUAUUUGGAGUCAGUGGAAAUGCUAUAGCUCUGACUGCUUUAUGCUGUUCUGCGAAAACUCACAAAUGGCGCCCGUUUUACCGAUUCGUUUGCGGUCUUGCCAUCUCUGAUGGGGGAGGAAUUCUGGUAUCCUAUCCUUUUGCCUUGUCGCGUUAUAUAUCCAACUUUACUUAUGAAUUCUCUCCAGAUCUGUGUGCUUUCCUAGGAUUUGUGUUCAUGUUUACUUUAAUGUCGUCUGCUAUGAUUGUGUGUUGUAUGUCUUUUGACAGAUUUUUUGCAACUUUCUUUCCGUACUUAUACAACUCUACAACAAAACAACGCCGGACAAAUAUCAUACUUGGUAUUGUGUGGAUUCUCUCGGGAUUCCUGAGUAGUUUACAUCUGUUCGGACUCGGAUCAAGCAAAGCGAUGUAUCCCGGUUCAUGGUGUUUUCUGAAUUUUAUUCACGUGAGACCCGACUGUCCCGAAGAACGACUUAACAUGAUAUAUUCCUAUAUUUACGCCACUACCGGUGUGAUAAUAGUCCUGUUAACCAUUUCAGUAAACACGCUGGUUGUCUUCUUCUUCGUCAGGAAUAUCUUUGUCAGGACAACACGAAGUCAAAGAGAUCUGCACGUGAUUGUAUUCCUUCUUGUUAUUGUAGUUGUGUUCACAUCCUGCUGGGCACCUCUCAUGGUAAAAAUCCUUCAGCAUGCCUCUGGUGCAGUCACAGGAGAGGGCGAUACUGAACUCAACUUACUGCGCAUGGGCGUAUUUAACUCUGUCCUAGAUCCCUGGGUGUACAUUUUGUUUCGAAAAGAGUUUCUUUUGUUUGUGCUUCGUGCUCUGGAGACUGUUACUAGAAGAAAAUUCAAGCUUACAAAGAAGUUGUCUGGAGAUUGUGCAGCCCGUGUCGCCUCUUUAAAUCGAAAUUAAUAAGUACUCAAUCGGCCGAAACAUUCAAAUUUAAAUAUUGUCAUAAUAGUUAUAUUUGCAUAACGAUAUUGAUAUAGAGCAUAGAUAUGAUUAAAAUAUAAAUAAAAGAGUUU